AUGGCUCGUCAGGGGAAGGCUAAGAUCCAAUGGAUUGCCGACGCCGCGAAGCGCAAGGCGACAAUGAGGAAACGCUUGCCCAUGCUUGUGAAGAAGGCUCAAGAGCUUGCAAUCCUUUGUGACAUCCAAGGUUGUCUCUUGUGGCACCUUCCAGGCCAGGCCCAGACGGAUGUGCUCUGGCCAUCGUUAAAGGAAGCCAAAGAGAUCCUGCAGCGGUACAACCAGAGGUUGGAAUCAAAAAAAUGCAAGAGUAAGCAACAAGACACGGGCUUAUUCCAAGAUAUGUUCAACAAGGCAAAUGGCAAGUUUUUAGAAGUCCAAUGGCAGAAAAUCGACCUGAAGAUCAAGGUCGUCCUUAGUGACCUCUUCGUCGGUGACUAUCGAGGCUUCGAGGAUAUGUCUGAUCACAUGUCCCUCGUCCUCAAAUGGAGGGUGGAGAAGCACCUCAUGGACAUCAACGCAAGCCUUGAUAAGCUCCGUACAGGGUCAGCACAUGCAUUGUCUCCAGCGCAACAACAAGACGGGACAGUGUUAACAAAGACCGAGGUAAUAUCAAUGGUUAAUCAUAUAACUAUGUUGUGA